GCUGGCGGUUAUCGCCGGUCGGCUGCUUCAGUUGCUCGCUGACGCUCGGCGUGUGUUGACGACAUCGGGAAAAGUCUGUUAUCAGUCUCCGUCAAAACCAUUCAAGAUGGAUUUCUACUACCACCCCGUCUCCGCUCCGUGCCGGUCUUGCCAGCUCACGGCUAAGGCUCUCGGGCUUAAACUCAACCUCAAGUUCUUGGAUCUGAUGAAGGGAGAGCAGAACAACCCAGAGUUCCUUGCCAUCAAUCCAGAGCAUUGUGUACCUACCCUGGUUGACGGCGACUUCAAGCUAUGGGAAAGUCGCGCCAUUUGCGCGUAUCUCGUGAACCAGUACGGCAAAGACGACAGCCUGUACCCUAAGGACCCAAAGACGCGGGCCGUCGUAGACCGAAUGCUUUAUUUCGACAUGGGCACCCUUUACAAGAGGUUCGGCGAGUACGUGUAUCCCACGGUAUUUCACGGCGCCCCUGUGGACAAGAAAAAACUGGAACCCAUCAUGGAGGCCCUGGGCUGGCUGAACGGCUACCUCGAGGGAGGGGACUACCUAGCGGGAGCUUCCCCUACCAUCGCCGACUUCGCUGUUGUGGCGACCGUGGCAACUUUCGUGGCCUCGGGAAUCGACAUCUCGGGACAACCCAAAGUGGUGGCUUGGUACGCCAGGUGCAAAGCCAACUUCGCAGGUUCAGACGAGAACGAAGAAGGGGCCCAGCAGUUCGGCGGUUGGGUCAAGGCGAAAAUGUGAAAAUUCAAUUCAAAAUCCUAUUAUCCACUAUCCUUUUUUGGAAGCGCAUGUUUUUCCUGUCAUCUUGAAGUGCCGAGAAAGCGCUAUCCCUCAAAUUUCUGCAUUCUACUAUCCGAGUCAUCUCUCUGAAUUCACAUGCGGCUAACUUAUGAAAUUGAAUGAAAAUUUGUGCAGUUC